CGAUAUCUGCUCAUCAUCUCUCUAAUGUUGUUUUCACCAAGGGCUACGAAGAAAGGGUCAGGAGGUAGUACACCAAUGAAGUUGCUGACUUCCCAAUGAAGAGGUCCCACUAUUCUGAAAGAUGAAAGUCAUCGGAUCUAAACUCUGUUGCUUUCCGUGAACAACAAUCCCAGAAAUUUUUCUGCCACUUUGAGGAAAAGGUAUGCGACACGAUGUCGCUGGACACUGGCAAUUUUACCGAGGACGCUAAUGGAACCUCAGUGACCACCCCUCCUAACAUCUGGUUCCCGUCGGAACCUAAUUUGCCGUCCUACAAUGUGACCCAUCUGGUUCCUCGUGGUGACGCGGGGAGUUGUGAUGUCAGCACGAAAUAUGGCAUCAUGGCCGGCAUUAUGGCUGUGGUCUGCUUCAUGUUUGGUGUUCUGUACACAUUUUUCGGUUACCGUUUCUUCAAGGCCAUCAUGUUCCUGACUGGUUUCAUCUUUGGCACGGUUUUGGUUUACAUGAUACUCGAGGAGCAUGCAGUGCUUCCCCCUUGGGGCACACUAGGGGUGGGUGUCGGUGCAGGAGUGGUCCUUGGGCUAGUCACGAUGCUCAUCCCGCACACAGGCCUCUUUCUGACAGGCUUUGACCUGGGCGUGGCCGUCGGAGGCCUCAUUCUAGUCCUGGUGGAACAGUUUGUGCACCCGAGUACCAAGUGGAUCCCCAUCUCGGUGUUGGUGGUGCUUGGUGUGGUUUUCGGUGUUGUGGGGCUUCGCUUCCAGCGCGUUGUGACAAUUGUGAGUACUGGUGUUCUGGGAGGAGCGCUGGCAUUGGCGGGUGUGGAUUAUUUCGUGGAACUGUCGAGGAUGUCCCGCUACUUCUGGGACCGAGUUCUGGCCCACCACUCGGCUAGCCCAUGCUGGUACAGCUGGCUCAUGCUGGCCUUGUGGCCGUGCUUGACCUUCGCUGGGGUCUUGGUUCAAUGGAGGUUCACAGGGUCGGGCAUUGACCACAGAAUUGCCCUACGUAGCCGAACUGAACAAGGAGCAAAUCUUCAGCAUGCAAGAGCCCGAGAAAAGCGAGAAUCUCAGCAGACACGCUAUAGACAUCUGUACCAAGCGAGGAGAGUCAAGGGAGAUGUGAUAUCACAGAACUUCAUCCAAAGUAUUCAGCACAAACUUUCGCCGGCCAUGCAGAGUCUGACGGCCCUGAACGUGGAGCCCAACGAGGAGGAGAGCACAGCCACCACCACACUCACACAGGUCUCGUGAUCUUUCGGCCGCUUUGCUCCUCCUGCUGAGCGCCAACAGAAUAAUGAUGUCAGGCUCAAACCGACAAACACUAGAAUUGUCCAUCUUAUAUAAGAGUAAAGAAUGGCUGUCUAUUUUUCCUUUCUCCAAGGCUAAGCUAAUGUGCAGGUUACAAUUUUUAGAGAUGUGAAGAACUUUAUAUUGCUGUCACGGAAAAAUGUUUUACACCUAUUGACACUAUCAUGGUAGAUACACAUGUCCAUGUAAUUAUGUUUCUCUCGGGCAGGCGCUCAAAACAUAUCAUGCGAUGACACACAUUUAGAAUUAAUGAAUUGGUGAAUUGGGGAAAAUUAAUGCUUGAAAAUAUCUUAGAGUUGCUGCGAAAUUUUUCGUGAAUUUGAAAAGGCUUAUUGUGUUUUCUGUCAUGGUCUUAUCGGAGAUUCUGGGGAGUAGGAUCUGUUUCCUUUUUUACCAGUAGUACAUUUGUUACUAUCCAGUAUAAAAAUUUCUGACUUUGAUGGUUUGUGCGUGAGGCCAUUAGUUGGUUGCUGGCAUUACUUUGUUGUGUCAGGGGAGAUUAUUUUUAGUGCGUCUUUAUGUCUCACUCAGCCAAUACACUAUUUGUUUUCGUGUCAUUUUGAUAAGCUUUUGUUCAUUUUUUUACUUGAUCUUGCAUAUACAAUUUUUUGUCUUUUCUGUGUUUGUUUGUCAAGUCAUUUUGUGUGUGCUUGUGUUUAGGUUUUAAAAUUCCAAAGCUUACAUAUAAUGAUUAAAGUGAGACUACCUACAUGUGGGUUAAUUAGCUCAGUUUGUUUGUUUUUUGUUGUUUUUUUUUGGGGGGGGGGUUUCGAUACUUCUUUUGGAUUUCCACAUCUAAAGAUCAUGUGGCAGAUAAUUCGGUUUGUUUGUUUGGUUAGAGUUUUACGGCUCUCACAACUGCAUAUGUCAUAUAUGAGUGCGCACAGUAGAUGAUUCUAUUAAGGCGGUAGCAGAUGGUGGGAGGGUGCCACCGGCAGGUCCUACUUUUUUACUUUCCAUCUAUUGUUUCAGUCUGUCUUACUUUUUCCCCGCACAAAAUGACCAUUAGUGUAUUGAUGUGCUUCUUUUCACUCAAACAGGUGUCCCUUCCUCCUUUUGCACAGGUUCAUGUAAACACAGGCUAAAGAGCUCUCUUGAGCACCUUGCGUUUAGAUGGACACUACUGUAUUCUAGUUUUUGCCUUUCUGAGAUUCAGAGUUAUAUUCCUAUUUUCAAAGGUAUGAUCGUAACCUGAUCCUGAAUUGUGCUUUGAUGGCAGGUCUGAAUGUAGCUGUGUUACUACUUGUUUCUGGCUUUUAUAAUUUUAUUAAGUAUCUGCAUCAAUUUACUGGGGUUAGCCUUUACAGGCAGCAUACUAGAAGUCCCCCCCCAAACUGUCUAAUUUGCGUCGAAGAGGGAUAAAAUUUAAUUUGCAAUCAUAGGUGAUAAGACAUGGGGGAGGCGGAAGGUCCUUGGUGAUUCUUCUAUUGUGUGUUCUGAGACCAUUACUUCUUUUCGCAUUUUAGACCAAAACAGAAUCUCACUAAGCCCCCACAGAAACAACUCUUGAUACUUUUUUGUAUCAGUGAGUGUGUAUUGACAUUUACAGUAUUUUCCGAUUUUGUAAAUUUCCGGGUUUUUAAAAAUGCUGAUGCUGACUUCUGAAAGUCUUGAUUUUAACACUCUGAUUCCUGUCCUUGGCUUGCGUACACUACUUGGAAUAUAGAGCAGGGAACAUAGUGUUAACUACCUCCAGUGAGACUUUCUUUUUCAUGAAUGUUAUACUAGUGUGUGGUUGUUUUUUGUUCCUUUUUUUUUUGUCUUUGUUUUGUUUUUGAAAUAUAUACAUUUUUUUUCCUUCGCACUUGUCCAAAAACUGUAUUGUACUCAUUUUGAAACCUGUGCUUCGAUUAUACUUAGUUUGUUCAUAUAUAUAUGUGCGUAUUUAUAUUUUUGUUUAUGUAGAAAUAAGGAAUAUUAUUUUGUGCAAAAUGCAGUAUUUCAAAUCUGUAACAGUGAGCCGUUAGUUAGUCUAGCUUAUGUUCCCACAGCUGUUGUGAUCAAUAUUCAUUUGUAAUUUUUAUUGUUCUAUUGAGUUUGUCAUGUUGUUUUCCUCAUCUUCUGAUAUUGAGUCCAUUUCAGGAUUCUCAUUGGAUGAUGGUUAGCUGAUGAAAGGCCUGCUGUAGCAAUACUGUGAAAAAUGUAUGCUUUCUCCAUGUUGUUACCAUUUUCCUGGCUUGUUGUACGAAUUGGUCAAGUAUUUGAUAACAGGAAUGAAGUAGAUAUAUGUUGAAACUCAUGUGAGUGUAUCCCAACAUCAGUGGUUUGGUUGUUUGCCUUGCAAGAGGGGAAGAUAUUUUAUUUUAAGUAUUUCUUUCUACCAGGAUGCUUCCUCCACAACUUGGGUUAAAGCUGCCUGCCUCUUAAAUGAUCUAAAUAUUAUUCUUAUUGAUGGGGGUGUAUAACAUUUGCAAUCAUGUGAGUGUAUGAAUGUGCCUAAACUCUUUCAGGCAGCUUGACUUUAGAGUGUAUGUGUACAGAAUAUUGGAUACUUACUGUGGUUUGCUAAUUGAUUUUAUUUCAUUCUUUAAUGGAGAAAAUGGAAAAAAAUCAUUCACGCUUUUUAUACAUGUGCUUGAAGAGAAGUAUUUACACUUGCCGAGAAAGAUGAUGGCAAGAAAAAGUAUGUUUUGACUGAGUGAGACAGCAGUUGUUGGUUUUCUUAUUUUAUUUAUUGUGCAAGCACAGCCUGAUUGGUUCUCUGUAAACAAUUUGUGAUGACUGUUAUUGUAAGGAGAGUUAUGGGACUACUUGGUAACAGAGCAGAUAAUAGAUUUGACUGGUCAUCCUUUUUUUUUAGGUGGGGGGGGGUGACGUACAAUAUUCAUAUAUAUUUAUCUUCUUAAAAUUGUAAGCGUUUCCUUCAUGAAUGUAGAUUGUUUGUUAAAUUGUCACAAUUUUCUCUGCAUUGUCAUGUCAUCAAGUUGUAGAACAUCAUCAUUCGCUUCCCGAGAAGCUGAGAAUGUUUCGGAAUGUUCUAUGGUCUGCUGGGGUAAUAAUAUAGUGUAAAGCGCAUAGAGCCUGCUGUUGAGCGGGGAUAUGCGCUAUACAAAUGCUAUCUAUUAUUAUUAGUAGUAUUUUAAUUGUAAAAACUGGUUGAUACAGAUGUUUUUUUAAGGUUGAUGGAAUCUUAUGUAAAAUGUACGAAUUUCUUCCCUAGCCUAGCAUUCCCCUUUUCAUUUACCAUUCUUUUCUUUCCUUUUCAUUUCUUGUUUUCAUUUAGUUUUUGUUCAAGUGUGUAACGACAUGGGUAUCAUUUUCUAGGAAGGUGUUGUUUAUGGUUGCAAAUUAAUUAUAGCCUUUUUGUGAGUGAAGGCCACACUUUUAUAGUUCAUUUUCUAGCAUCUGAUCUGUUUUGUACAUUUUGCCUGCUGCUGUUAAAAGUAUGAAUGUUUGAACCAAGCUGUAAUGUGUGUGUGAGACCUCACUAAAUUUUUUAUUUUUUUUUUUCUGAUUGACCAGGCAUAUGAUUGUGGAUUUCUCACUUCACUCAGUAUGGAUGAAAAUGCUUUUCUCUUUGUAUUCCCAUGUAAUGAAAAUGUACAUACGAACCUCUUUAAGAAAUUCCUACUUUUGUAGCAGAUGAUUGUUUUACUCAAAGACUUCUACCUGUGGUUUUUUCCCGGACAUUCCUGUUGUGGCUUAGAUUACAUAUCAACUUUUUAGUUUAUUUUCAGCAGCAGUUAUGUCAGAAUUGAUGAGAUUUGUUCAGGGACAUAUUAUAGCUCUUUGGGGCUUUCUUAUAGGUUUUUAAAAAGAUAAGUUUUUGUUUUUGGUUUGGCGUCUCCUACAAGUGGUCCAUUUCACAAAUGACAAACUGAAAAACCAAAUCAGGCGCACUAGUUACCUCAGUGGAGACCUGACCACAGUGAAGAAAUGGAAACCAAAAUGCUAAAGUGAUACUGCCGCUUUGGGUGACUUGCCAAGACAGUUUUGCAAGGCACAAUAUAAGUCGGAAAAGUUGACGAUGGCAGAGAAAUAGAAGGGAGGACAUAAUGCUAGAGUGGGCAGGCCCGAAGCUCGGAAAGUGAGAGUACAGAGAGAGAUGAUUGUAAAAAUAAUGUGAAUUUUUGUUGCGCCUGA